AUGGACCUGAGCUUCGCUGCAGAGGACGCGGAGGCCGAAUGGGCUGACGGGGACGAUGACGUGCCCGUCGUCGUGGACGGGUCACAGAGGAACGGGCCCUCCAAGGGGGCUGCGGCUGCCACUGCCGCUGCCUUGCCGUCAAGCAAAAAAGCCUUCACAGGCUCCCGGCCACCUUCGAAGAUCCACGGCAACCCCGCGACCAGGUACUUUGUAAUCAAGAGCAGCAGCCACAAAAACCUCGUUCUGUCGAUUGAACACAAGGUUUGGGCUACUCCGUCGCGGCAGAACCAAGAGAAGCUGAACGAGGCGUUCCGCACUGCGCCGCACGUGAUACUCCUCUUCUCCGUCAACGGCUCCGGCUGCUUCCAGGGCUACGCCAAGAUGCUGGGCCCCGUAGGCCACGUGAGUACUGAUGUCUUCGAGGGUUUCGGGCGCAGCUUUGAGGUGCGAUGGCUACGCUUGGACGACCUGGAUUUCUCCGAGGUUUCGGACAUCGUCAACCCUUGGAACGAGAACCGCUCUGUCAAAGUCUCCAGAGAUGGCCAGGAGCUGCCUCAUGCUGUCGGGCGGCAGGUCUGCGAGCUUGUCGAUCACCGAGUCUUCACGGCGGAGCCAUCAGGUUACAUAGAUGACAGCCAAGAGGUGGAGACUGCGACUUUGCGCUUGGAAUCUGUACCGGUGCCAGCUCCAGCGCCGAUCUUUCCUAACGGCCGCCAUAAUGGCCCCGCAGCCCAAACGCCCCACGCUCCUUAUCCAUUGCCACACCCUGCUGCAGUGCACCAAAUCACAGCGCCCCCCGUGCUGGCAGCUUCCCCACCGCACUGGGGCAUGGGGGGCAGGGCGUUUGCACCCCCUUUCUCGAGCCAUCCACACCAUGCAUGGUGGCCUCCCCCGGGCAGCUUCCAGGCGCCAGCAAAGGAGCGACACCCUCGGGCUUAUCUCGUCCCUUAG